CGGAAUCUAUCUGCAAAUGAAGUUCUCUCUGUCUCUCUCGCACUUGAGCUCCUCUGACUGAGCCAGACAUGCUGCAUUGGGAGUCGAUUGUUAGUUCCGAGAGAAGAUAAGUUAGGCAGUUAUAUUGUCAGUUUGUCCCUGAGCUGCAGUACUACUGUUCCCUUACGGCCCAGAUGAACACCAUGGAGAGACUAGUGGCCCUGUGCACCUGCCUGCUGCUGCUGCCGGGUGUGCUGGUCAACAUAGAGUGUCCCGACGUCAGCCUUGGCACCACCAGAGCCAGUCCUGGUAUUACCAGUUCCAACAUCACCACUGGCCUCAACAGCACCACCACUGGGCCUAUGAAUGCCAUGCCUAUGAACACCACAAAACCACAAGGACCUGACACAAACCAGACAACCACAAACAACAGCAGCACCACACCCGGCACCAUCACACGGAAUAGUACCACACCUCCCAGACCUCCGAGCAACACCACCGCUCCCCGUGACCUGACCAGUACCACCAGACAGACUCCGACCUCCACUAUUCUUACAACUCAAGGUGGUACUACUAAGACUACUAAGACUCCUCAGACCACAAAGCCAGUGCCCGUCAGCGGUGGUAGCAAAGCAGGAUAUGUUUUAUUCUUCGUCAUCAUUUUGGUUGCUGUCAUCCUCCUGAUCAUUUGUUGCCUCAAAAAGAACAAAUCAAGGAGGUACUCUGUUGACCUACGCAAUAAGCAUGAGGAUGCAGUGAUCCCCCUGAGCGCAGUGGAGGCUGACGCCGUGUUCGACGCUACUCCUGAGAAAGAGAUGGCGACCUUCACUGCCCCAGAAACAGAGCCAGCUGCCCUGGCUCCUGACCCCGCGGGGGACCCAGAGCCUGAGAAGGGGGAGACGGCCUCUGGUUCCCGGGAGCCACUGGUCUCUAAGCAGAAGCCUGAGAAGAUGGACAUGGUGGAUCUAAACGGCACAGAGGCCGCCAUCUCCACCAAAACCUCCAUGGAGUCUCUGGAGGACCAGCUGAAUGACAACAACAGCAACAACUACUGCACUAGAGCCAAUGGGGGGCCUGCUGUAGGGAUAGUUUCCAAGGGCGGCUUUUAUGAGAUCCUCCAGAGCGACCCAUUUUAGGAUACACUGUUCCAGAGUCUGCCCACAAUACCUGAGCCUGAUGAAAAGGAUGUUUCCCAGGAUUAAGAUGCAUUGCAACCAUUUCACCUGAAAUGUACUUUCUCACCCUCUCUUCACAACUCUUUAUUAUUGUUUUACUUUUUCAUGUGCAAAUUGAAUUUAUUGUGUGAAAUUAUUGUUCAUCCAUAUUUUGGAUGAAUUUCUUUGUUGUUUAGAUUUUAGAUUCUUGCUAUUCCUGUGUAAAAUAUAUUGUUACUUGUUUGAUUUCUGAAAAUGACUUUGCCCAUUCCUAUGUCAUUUUGAAAAAAUAAAUGUUUACCAUAA